AUGGCCACCAACAAGCAGAAGAAGUCUCUGUUGAGCCGCCUACGGACGGCGGUGAACAAGGUGAGGCUCAUACUAAGCUCCACCAUACUCAGCCAUACAUGGAAUGCGGUCACCAUGUUCCGCCGUGACUCUCUAAUCAAACGCCGCGUCAGUUUCAAUGAUCGCCCCGGGUUUAUGCUCUGUUCUGAGGAAACAGAUUCAGCGGGUUCGGUUUCUCCUUCGCCGCCUUGUCUUCAGAGAACGUUAAGCUCUCCUUGUGCUUCUUCAGAUGAUGAUAUUGAUCGGAGAGCAGAGUUGUUUAUAGCGAAUUUUAGAAGACAGCUUCAGUUGGAGAGGCAAAUCUCGUUGCAGCUACGUUACUGCAGGGAACAAAGUUUCUGA